GCGUGCAAAGUCGAGCGCAGACAGCCUAAACCUAAAGAGAUGCCUGCCCCACCUCCGCCGCCUCCGCCCCCGGGAGCCCCACCUCCUCCCACGCUGGCACUUGCGAACACGGAGAGACCGAGUCGUGGAGAACAAAAGGGACGCAACGCGCUGUUGUCUGAUAUCUGUAAAGGAGCCAAACUAAAAAAGACUGUCACCAAUGAUCGCAGUGGACCUCAGCUGGACAAACCCAAAGGAGGAGGGGGAAGUGCAGGUUCAGGAGGAGGUUCAGGUUCAGGAGGAGGUGGUGGAGGAUUUGGUGGCGGUGGUUCUCCUGCUGGCUUAGGAGGCCUAUUUGCAGGCGGGAUGCCAAAACUGCGCUCAGCAGGCAACCGAGAUUCAAAUGACUCAGGAUCUAGCAGAGGACCAGCGCUCCCACAAAAUCGCUUCGGUGGGGGCCCUAGUCCUUUCGGGGUAGCAUCUGCUGGUCCUCCAAAGCUCCCAGGUACGCCCUCUGCAGCCCGUGGCGGGGUUCCUGAUAUUCCCAAGAACCGCGUAAACAUGUCAAGGCAAGACACUCCUGGGGGUGGCCCACCCCCUAUCCCUAACACGCCCCGGCCCAACCAGAACUUCAGUCCUCGAGGGGGACACCCCCCUCCGUCACUCAAUGUAGGACCAAGAUCUAACCCUUCGUCUGGACCGCCACCACCAAGUCUUCCUCCGGGGCGGCACGGGCCCCUGCCUCCGCCUCCAGGCGGCUCCUCAAGACCAAGCUUCUCCUCGCCUCCAAAUAAUAGCCGACCGCCCUUACCCCCGGUUCCCGGGGGGCGGCCCCCGCUUCCUGACGACCGGCCCCCUCCCCCGCCAGCCCAGAUCGGAGGGCACCGACCCUCCAUGCCUCGAGACACGCCCCCACCACCACCUCCCGCAGUCAACACCAAACCACCAUCUUCUAUCUCCUCUCGCUCUGGUGGGGGGGCACCCCCUCUUCCACCAGGGCGACCGGGCCCGCCUCCACUACCACCGACACCUGCUGUGGGGGACCAGCACUGCACACCUCGUCUACCGCAGAGGAACACUUCACUCAGCACUAGUGCCUCUUCACCACAUAUCCGCACCGGACCCCUCCCUCCUCCACCCAAUGAGAGACCACCAUCUUUUGGAAGAAGCCAAUCGUCAGGCCGCACAGGCCCCCUACCCCCGCCUCCUCCGUCAGGCCGUAACAUGGGCGGCAUCGGCGCAAGGUCAUCGCCAGCACAUUCAUCUAUUAACCGGUCGGGCUCAGAUUCUCCACGUGGUGGGCCCGGAAUUAGGCCCCCUCUACCUCCUGACAGACCUGGGACGGGACCGGGUUGUGCCCCUCUGCCGCCAUCCAUGGGCAAUGGCUUUCAGAACUCGCACCACAAUCAGAUACAUGACGAUUGGGAGGCUCGCUUCAAUUUCCAUCCUGUCUCGGACCUGCCGCCGCCAGAACCAUACCAGCACUUCCACAAGACGUACCCCAGCAAGAUCAGCAAGAAUGACGGCUUAGGUUCAGGUAAAAAGGAAAGAGGGGCUCCUCCUCCCAUUCCCAGGUGA